AGACGAUUUGCCCAGAAGCAGACGCUUUGGGAAGAAGAACAAAAACGCCGGAAGUAGUAUGAGAAAUUGCUGUUUUUACGUGUUCGCGCCGCCAUAUUGCGGCUGUGGCGUAGCUAGCGAGGUAAACACAACGAAAUCUGUCCGUGCAGCCGUAAAUAUUGACUUGUGUGUAAGAAAUAGUGUGUGUCAGGGGACAAAAAUAUUGAAAUAUAGUAUUUUAGUGUUGUGCGACCGUAUUUACGUCUUAUUUAUGAUAGCUUCGUGUCAGAAAGACCUGUCAUCUCGUUUGAAAUACCGCUGUAGCCGGUGUGAUACCAUCCGUCGCCAUUCCUACAUCAUUUUAAAAAUAUUAUAUGGCCAAUGAAUCACAAUUUUCGGUUAUUUCUGUGGUUUUUUAACAUCUUUUAUUAUUUUUUUAUCAUUAGUUUAUAUCUUGCCCCCCUAUAGGUUAUGUGAGGUUGUUGUUCAGCGUAUAAACAUAUGUGACAAAAACGCUACAAUGUGCGAAGACGAUCAAUGGAGUGGCCUUACUCAUCAUCACAGUGGUCUCGCUCCCUUAGAGGAUAGUUCGAUCAAUGGAUGUCUGCACCUUCUGUUUCAUGUACCUUUGUUUUUAAAAUUAUUAAGAGAAAGCAAACACAAGUGUAAUGAUGAUGAAUGUGUUUUCUGCCAUAUAUUAAGAAUCUGGGAGAAGUAUAGACAUGGCAUUAUUGACUCAGAUGUGAACUCUGCAUUGUGCGAUAUUGUACCUGGCACUCAAAUUUUUGAAACCCUGCUGACACUUAUUUCAUAUGUUCACCACGAUCUUUCUCAUGAAGAAAACAGUGACGAAUCGCCCAUAGUGGACAUUUUCGGUGGCGAGUUGACUACUGAAAGUGCGUGUCUCAAAUGUGGAACUGUAUCAAGUAAAAAAGAGCAAUUGAUGUGCCUCCAAGUGUCUCUUGACUCUUACAAUGUUCAGGACAGUAUAGAGAAAGUUCUAGGGAGUAAAAGAACUACAUGUCAGGACUGUGGUGAACUUAGGUGUUAUGCAUUUAAAGAAAUUUCAAGGGCACCAAGUCUUCUUUUACUUCACCUCGUCAGCUCUAAAAGUAAUAGUGGCAGUCAACAAUUUGUGUUAAAUGAGACCAUCCAGCUUCCUAAGAGUAAAACAUCAACUUCGUCAUCAACACAUCAGAAUAAGUACAAAGUAAUUGGUGCUAUUUUAGGCAGUAGGAUGGCAAUAGUAAGGUGUCCAGACAACAAACUUGUGUCUUGUGAAGAUAGAAAGGUAAAAAGUUUUUCAUGGACCAAAUUCUUGGGACAAGAGACAGGUGCUGCCUGUAAAAUUUUGGUUUAUCAGCAAGUGCUUCAACCAACUUCACAAUCCACUCCUGUCAACUCUUCUGCCAGCUGUCGUUCUACUUCAAAAUGGGAAGUAACUCCAAUUGGUCACAAUAAUGAAGAUGGAGUACCACAGCCUCCACUGGGUACUUUGAAGCCUCGCAGGCUGGAUGUCUCUGAAGCUCCUCACAGCAUUUCUAAAUCAGACUCAGAGCUCCAUCAGACAAAUAACAGCUACUCUCUUCUAUCAACUCAAUCUGACCAAAGGCAAAUUCCUACACGUCUAACCAGCUAUAAAAUCUGUGCCAAAGACCCCAAGAAAUUUAAAUUUUUUACUGGCAUGUCUGUAAAAAAUUUUCAAGUUCUGUUUGAGUUUUUGGGAGGAGAUGACAAGAUAAAAAUGUUGAAAUUGGAUUACAAUCAGAAGACACCACAGAGGUUCCGUUCAGAAAGAAAAAUUAGUUCUGAAGACAAAUUGUUUAUGUUUCUUUUGAGACUGAGAAGAGGAUAUCCAAUUGUUGACUUGGCCCAUGUGUUUGGAAUUGGUAAAGAGUACUGUUGCAAACUCUUGUACUCCAUGCUGCGUUACUUGUAUAUAAAAUUUAAGGCACUGUCAGAGCACAUGUUCAUCAGUGCUGAGGCCCAAAAAUACAAGAAGCCCAGACCCUUCAAGCCAUUCAAAAAUCUGAGAGUGAUUAUCGAUGGGUUGGAACUGAAAAUAGAGUGCCCCUCCAAUUUCCAACAGCAAGGGAAUACCUACUCCCAUUACAAAUCAGACAAUACAGUUAGAUUUAUUGUUGGCAUUUCAUGUCAUGGUGGAAUAGUGUUUAUAACACCUGGUUUUGAGGGGAAUAUGACAGAAAACCAAGCUUUGAAGGAAAGUGGCUUUUAUGAUUUGUUACAACCUGGUGAUGUAGUAAUGUGUGACAGGGGUUUUGAAAUAAAUGACGAACUUUUGAGAAGAGGAGUUGAAGUGUUGAAGCCUCCGUCCUUGGGUGGACGCAAGAAGUUCACUCCAGAAGAGGAAGUGCUAACUCGAGCAAUAGCAUCUGCAAGAAUAUAUGUGGAACAUGCAGUACGACUGAUCAAAGCCAAUCGCCUUCUUCGAUUUACAGUUCCCAUGACAAUGAUCCCAACAAUUUCUGACUAUGUUUAUGUGGCAGGUUUUCUUGCUAAUUUUGGGACAAAAUCAUUCCAGUGUAAAUAUAAGAGAAAAAAGUGACAAGGUCGUAUGAAGAAGAAUGUUCUAGAUAGAUAUUGUUCUCUUGCAGUAUGAGGGAUGAAUGAAAGAAUUCAGAUGAUUGGGUUGUUGGAAAAUUGACUACAUUAAGUGGAGGGAAAGUUUAUUUCAAAAAUGUACUAUCAACAUUCUACAUAUAAUCUAAAUACAACAUAUAUGGACAAAACAAAAGCAAACUUGUGUUAAUUAAGCACCUGAAUUACAUGCACUAAAAUGUACC